ACGUUCCAACCUUCUUCCUUGCGAACAUGAACAGAGCCUGGAAAGCGCUGAUUCCACCGCCAUAUGUCAACGUCGUAUUACGUCGUAGUCUUGUAUCGCAAUCCUCACUGACUCCAGUGUAUCAUGGUCCGUUGAAGAAGACGUUGGUAUUGCUCAAGAGAGUGUCCGCAACAACCUUUGGACUCAGUGCGGUAGCUUCACCCCUAUUGGCUUUUGCUGAAUAUGCAAACUUGGCAGUUGUUGGCACUAUGAUGGGAGCAGCUCUAGUCACAAGUGGACUAUCUACCGUGCUUGUUCAAUACUGUGUAAAUCCCUACGUCAGUCGGCUUCUCAUUCCAGACUCUUCUACAUCCUUUUCCAGCCGUACUAUCAUUCUAGAAACUCUGACCUUCUUUGGAAAUACCCGUCAGACCGCAGUUGACCUGUCUGACAUUAUGCCUGCCUCCGACCGCCCUUUUGCCACAUGGAAAGUACGGAAUGACGCGCAAACAAGUGACGACGGAGAUGCCCGGUUAUUGGAGUUGAUUGGUGGGCGACGUAAGUUCGGAUUGAAACGACGAAGAUUUUAUGUGCAUCCCGAGCUCGAUGAGGGAUUUUCUGAGCAGAUGACCCAGGUAAUGCGGACCGUAAACGCAGCUGGACGAGCUGGACCACAACAGCCGCAACCCCAGUCCAAGGCAGGCGGGAAAGCUUGGGAUGAUAUAGUUAAAGAUUUACGGAAGGAGAAUAGAGCAUAGUAGAAUACGUUUUAGAACUGCUACUCUACGCUGUCGUCUAGAUCGCUAGUGAUCGAUAAUUGCUUUGUAUUUAUUUGACCAAUUGCAGGACCACAGUCUAUCUUUGUUGCAAA